AUAGAAAAAUUGAGCUUUAAUGAAUUUGUGGACGGUCUGCGGGAAAUAUGCGGUUUUGCCACAAAAGGUGGCAAAACGGUGUCAAGAAAAUGUCAAUAAAACCAAGAUUUUCCUCCGAAAUUUUCUACUACAAUUUGCAAGAUGGUAAGGGAGAAGCUUCGAACAGCCUCUGGGCGGAAAGUGAAACAGUCGUCAAUUCCUUAACAACUAUAAGCGAGGAAAGUCCAGAAUUAGUGGAAGAAAUCCCGAAGCCAAAACGGGAACUGAAAAAACUAACAUGGGGCCAGGACUCAUAUGAGGGCAGCGUUCUACUUAACAAUCUUCAUGGCUCCGGAUUUUAUUUCGCCCAGCAAAACGGAGAAAAGUUCUUUUACGACGGCUUAUUCUACGCCAAUAAACUGGAGGGAUACAGUCAAGUGUUUUAUGAAAACGGCACGCACUUUCAAGGGCUUUUUCAAAAACACCGCAGAUUUGGACCGGGCAUUUUAACCCACCCUGAUGGAACACAAGACGUUGGCUUUUGGAAUGGGUUCUUCUUGAGCCGUUUGGCUUGCGUGAUUGGAGGCAAUUCAGUUCCCAGUCUGGCUAGCAGCGCAGCAGCAAAAACGAAGCUUUUAUGCACCAAAUACAUGGUUCCUUUGAACCAGAAUGAAAACGAUUUAGUCCAGCUGGCUCUGGAGCAUUUGGGUGUGGGUUCUGAUGAAGACAACGUGGAUUUUAGUGGGGUUUUCAACGAAGAGAUUCGUAACCCCAACAGUUUGUUUUUCCACACUCAACUGUUUGAUGAGCACUUUUUUGGAAGCGAUAACUGUACAAUUAAGGUUUUCCAUCAGGAACUGGCCGACGAGGAGGAAGAGGAGAUGAGUUCAGUUGAUGGGCAGGCGGUUGAAAGAAUGGAAAACUUGAAAAGGAAAAUUCACGAAGUCAACGAAACUCUGCAAACGUUCAUAGUGAUUCGCCAAAGCUUGGAAAGGAGGGUCAACAAGUGCAAGAACUGCUGCAGCCGGCAACAACCGGCAGAGAGAAGUGAGAAAUUGCAGGCAAAAGAGCAACUUUACACUUUAACACAAAAAACUCACGAAGCAGCCAAAAAUUUUCCUUCGGAAAAUUCAUCACAAAGUCUAGAAAUCGUCGCUGAUAUUAAUGCGGAAGAUAUUGAGGAUUUCAACUUACCGGCUUCAACUGCGCAAUUGGCAAACUACUCAGAUGGUUGUGCUUGCGCCGAAGAAGAAGGCGCUGUUGAUUUGGAGAAUUUAGAGGAACAACUGCAGAACAUUUGGUGUCAAGAAAUAUUUUACAGAAACAUCAGGGACGAAUUGGCAAAAAAACUAGACCGACUGGUCGAAAGAACGUCAACCAAACCCGAAACGGGGGCAUUCAAAUUGGUGCACGUGAAUGAGGUUUGGGCUUGGAACAACGAAAACUCCCUCAUUUCCAUGCAAAAGCACGCCUUUAAGCAUCGCCACUCCGAAGAUAUGGUGAAUUUCAGCGUCCCCAGUCUCAUUUUAGGCAACCGGAAGGAAUUCGGGGCAGCGGGAGCGCAUGAAGAGAUCGGCCAAAAGUUCCUAAUGGCCUGCCAUAAGGGCAAAAAGGGGUUUGUUAGUGAAUGUCUUCGCAACAAUAAAAUCGAUUCAAAUUUGUCGGACUCGCGAGGAAAUAGCGGAAUGUUUUUUGCUGCCGCCAGCAACCAGCAGGACAUUAUUGCGAUUUUAACAAAUUUCGGGGCCAAGGUUGACCAGCUGAACGACGAGCAGUUGACGCCCUUAUCGCUAUGCUUCUUAAAGUACAUUGCCCAGAAGAACAGUUGCAAGGAUUGGGAAAAGGCCUUUUUGCCAGGCAGCGAACGCUGCGAUCUGCCAGAGCUUCCCAAGUGGUACGACAUCAAGUCUUUUCAAAGUUCCACGACUAAUUCCUCUAAAACAUCCACCUGUCGCGAGGAGGGCAGCAAUCAGCAGUUACCCUGCUCGAAUUUGCGCAUUAUUGAUCUGCUUCGCAAAAUUUCCAAUUUUGAACAGACCGAAGGUGUUUUGCGCCCCAGUUGCAGUUCUACCUACGUUUUCGAUUUAAGCUGUAACCGCAAUAAGUUCGCCAAGCAAACUCAACUAGAAUCUGAUCGGAGUUUGAGUCUGGAAUCGAUCCAACUGACCAUAAUGACGCUUCUGGAUUACGGCGCCAACCCCAGUGGGUGCGAAGUGCCCCAUCCUCCUUUGGUUCUUUCGCUUUUCACUGAAAAUCCCGACUUAGUCAAAGAGGUGAUUAAAGCCAAUGCAGACAUCGACGUUGUAAUAGAUGAGAACGUUUCGUGUCUGCACAUAGCGGCCUCUUUGAAUCCCAGCUUGGCAAACACGACCAUUUGCCGAAUAAUCGUAAAAUAUGGUUGCAACCCCAACGUGAAAACCUCCCCAAAUCACUGGAUUGAUAGGAAAUAUGGCAUUACGGGGAAACUGCCGGAAAAUUUUCAAGUUGCCGAUGACGGGAAAAACGUGCUUCACUUGUUGUGCAUGAGAACGGACUUCGAAGGAGAUCAGUCGAAUUAUUUCUGUGCAGUGGCCAAGAUAUUGCUUGGGACUGAUUUGGACUUAAGCGCAAUGUAUUUGGGGCAUACGCCGCUUUCACUGGCCGUGCUUGCAGGCAAUGUGAAACUUGUGCAAUGUUUAAUAAAAGCCGAUGCAUUCGACCCGUACAAGCAACUGGAUUAUGGCAUGGGGAACAUUCUGACAUUGUUCGCUUUAAAGCGAUUCGAAAACGUUCUUCCUCUGGACAAGUGCAAGGCCAUGCUUACGGCCCUAUUCGAAGUGGGGCUGAACGUAUUGGCUAGAGUGGCAAAUUCCGAAAAUGCGACGGCUUUCGUCGAAGACGAAGACACGUUUUUCGAUGCAUUUGUUCCGAAAGCCCCCAAGAAAGCGCCGCGCGAUAAAUCGAAAAAAGACAAACAUUACGCGGGAGUAGUCAAGGAAUUUUUGAGGAGUUUGGCACGACAAACCCUAAUCAAACAAGUGCAGAUGGACGUUGCAUAUUUGCUAUUUGAACUGACUGAGGAAGAUAUGCUGAAUAGUUCAGAAAUAUUCGCCACCCUGGCCUCCCUAUACUUAGCGCCGGAAGAUCUUCUGCUAAACUUGAAAAAACUCUUCGAAUAUGGAAAAAUCGAGCACGAUCGCCUGGAUAAGGCGCAUGUUAAAACAGUACUGGACUUCGUUAACACGCACAAAAAACCUGUAAAGGCGAAAGCCAAAAAAUCCGACAAAAAAACGGGGCCCAAGCCUCAAGAAGCCGAUGCCGUUGAAACGCUGCAUCUGGAGUUCGAGCGGACUCUUAAUCUCCGUUUUAUUCCUCCGAAAAACCUGCCCUUGCCAGCAGGUCUGGACGACCCUCAAAAAUACCUUAUAUGCUACCACUGCUUACGAGGUGAAGAGAAAACGCUCAAAAUAUGCCCCCGGUGCCAGAUGGUGCGCUUCUGCUCCUCCCAAUGCAACAAGUUGAACUUGAAACUCAAAACCCUUCACACAUGCAACGUUUUGUUCUACGACAUGGCCAAUGGGGAGCAAGCGGUUAUUUCCAAAGGAGUGGCUUUGAGGGAAUUGUCGGAGAAAGUAAGGCAAAAAUGCGCGGCCCGCCUGAGCAGGAUGAGGGAGUCAAAGUUGGAGGAAGAGGAGCGAAAACUGAUGCAAAUGUGGCGCGCCGACACAUAUGGAACAAGGUUCCUUCAAAUCAAGCCCUUAUUGGAUAAAGCGGUUACUAAAAAGAAAGGCAAACAGUUGAAUUGGGACCUUGGCCUCCUGCAAGGGUUGUUGGAACGGAAUUUUCGAAAACACCCUGGAGACGCCUCGUUGUACUCGCUGGAGAACCUUCUGAUAAAACUGCAUGGGAAAGAUUGGUUUAGAAUAUUGGGACAAACGAAGUCCGAAGGAACAAUUCGGACCAAACAGAGCUGGAGCACCAGAAGAAGCACUUUGGGCGGCAGCACUUUGCCCAGCAUGAUUUUCCAACUGCCCGAACCAGAGGAAAAGCUGCACCGCAAAUCCUGCAAGUGCCCCAAAAAAAUCGCUCGAUCCAAGUCUAACGAUAAAAUUAAAGCAAACAUUCAAAAGGCUGAUAAUGAACCGAAACAUGAAGACGAUCCCAACGUUAACGAGUUAGAGCUUUUGUUCAGCCAAGCAGAAAAGCGCCCAGUGAUUAGAAAACUGAAAAAGAUCCCUACAAGGUACCAAAAGUUCGUGGAAAUUGUCGCAACAUAUUUUCCAGAUUUCGACAUUUCCCAAUGGCUGUUACCAUACGCCUGUUGCAGUGGCGGGCAGCUUUUCUAUAGGUUCUGCUACAAUAAUGAUGUGUUUAAGGAAAGCUACAGUUUCACCUAAUUGGACAGUCAACAGGCACUGAAAAUCGUACUUCCGAUAUAAAAAUUUAUUCUAAAAUUUGUAAAAUUAUAACUAAAAACCAUAAACUAUAAAGGCACUAGGAAUAGAUUUUGGACGUUCAAGACUUCAA